AUGACGGAGCACUAUGAGGGAUGUUAUAUCUGGGAUCUUGGAUUAAUAUACCGUGACCCCUUGGUUGCCUUUGCCCUGGCCGAUGAUCCCAUAGUGCAUUUGUUCUCGAAGUGCCCGGCGAGUGACUUGGACACACCUACUCUCCAUCUGACCGCCGACGUCCCGGCCUACGCCUUGGCCAGGUGCAGGAAUGGGGACAAAACUUUGACCGUCGUAGACCCAGUUAACUGGGAAGUGGAUGGCUCCUUCAGUCAGUCCUACGUGGGGACAGCAUGCCAGUUUUACAAAAAGGAAGGUAUUCGAACGUACACGGUGGACGUAGAAGUGGGCUGGGGAGAACGGGACGCCCAGAUCAUACAAGAGCGCAAAAUCCACACCAUUUCGUGUGCCUACGAUGCCCACGGCAAGGCCGUUUCCAAGACUGAAACCAUUGCGGACUGGUUCCUGAACCCAUGGGAGAAGCAAACUCUUCUUGGUGGUAACUCGUCUGCUACUUUCACCCUGAAGGUCAUGGAUGCACUAGGACAAGAGGUCACCGGAGAUCACAUCUCCAUUGGCAGGAAAAUACAACUUGUUGCUUGGGAUACUUCAGGCCGAUUGAAUUCGUUCCGUGCCCUCAGCUGCGCCGCGGUGAAUUCCCAAAGUAGAUAUAACAUCCUGAGAGCUGGGAUUCCUGCGUUGUGGAAUUCGGGAAAGCAUCCGGCCCUAAAAGAUCCAUACCAGUUUUUUCUGUAA